CAACAGGUCGUUUUGGCAACAGGACGUUUUGGCAACAGGUCGUUUUGGCAACAGGUCGUUUUGGCAACAGGUCGUUUUGGCAACAAGACGUUUUGGCAACAGGACGUCCUCGGCUUGGUCAGGUUCAUCGUUCUAACAUCCAAUGGCAGCACAAUCUUUGAGAGACUGGAAAAGCGGUCUCUUUGACUGCUUCGAGGACGCGAGUACUUGUUGCUAUGGCUUCUGGUGCUGUCCUUGCCUCACCUGCACGGUUUCAGGAAGAUUUGGAGAGAACAGUUGUCUCCCCUUAUGCGACAUGUGCAGCACUGCUGUGUUAGCCGCCUGUGGGAUACCUCUAUUUGUUCCCCCCGUCGCCGUGAGUCUGCGGUCCUCCAUUCGGAACAGAUACGGCAUCAAGGGCUCUAUCUGUAAAGACAUCGCCGCUUCCUGUUUCUGUUUGACCUGCUCCUGGUGUCAGAUGCAUCGUGAGUUAAAAGAACUCAAGAAGAACCGCGUGGUCAUCAUCAACACGCAGCCGGCGCCAGUGGUGAUGGGGCAACCCCCUAUGGCUAUGAACCAACAUGGGGUCAUCGUGACGUCAUACUGAGAUUUGCAGCUUCUCCAUACAAAGUUCUGUCUUGAAGGGAUUUUUAAUUCAGAUCAGAUGCUGCUGCUGAUGGUUUUGUUACACAAUGACUUUAGGGUGAAAAAAAGAAUCACAGGUAUAGAUUAAUAACAUAAUAAUAGAUUGGGGCCUCUAUAAUAAAAAAAAUGAUAGUACUUGAUUUCAUUUUUUUUUUAUUGUGAGAAAUACAAAUUGAAGGAAUUUGUCAUUCAAAGCCAAAAGGUGGUUUCAGUUCAAUCUGAAAUGUGGAGGUUAAUCAACCUGAUCUGAUCAAUAAGUCGUAAUUUCACAUUUAAAAUAAAAAUAAUGUAAAUUAUUUUUUAUUUUAUUCAUUCUUAAUAAAUGAUUUACUUAGUUGUUUCUGA